AUGGCGACCGGCGACCACGGCGUCGUUGAGGCUUCUCAACUGCACGAGACCCUCGUCCCCGGCGAGAAGAAGGACGUCGACAUCGCUGGCGGCCCGCUGCGCCCCAGCAUCAGCGCCACUGGCCGCGCCGACAGCUACCAUGCUGAUGAGAAGGCCCCCAUCGAGACCGAGGACGGCGAAGAGCCCACCGACUACGAGAAAUCCGUCCUUCGCCACGUCGGCGAGAAGUUGCCUCUUUCCGCCUUCCUGGUCGCCUUUGUCGAGUUGUGCGAGCGCUUUACCUACUAUGGCAUGUCCGGCUUGUUUCAGAACUACAUCCAGCGCCCGCUUGACGGCAGCCAGGGUCGCGGUGCUUUGGGCAUGGGUCACCAGGGUGCUACUGGUCUCACGACCUUCUUUCAGUUCUGGUGCUACGUCACUCCCAUCUUCGGUGCCAUCGUCGCCGACCAGUACCUGGGCAAAUACGUUGCCAUCGUCAUCUUCUGCAUUGUCUACAUUAUUGGUCUUUUGAUUCUCUUCCUGACCUCGCUGCCUGUGUCCCUGGCACAUGGCGCCGGUCUUGGUGGCUUCAUUGUCUCCGUCAUCGUCAUUGGUAUUGGUACCGGUGGUAUCAAGUCCAACGUCGCUCCUUUGAUCGCCGAUCAGUACAAGCGCCGCCAGAUGGCCGUUUCCACCCUUUCCACCGGAGAGCGCGUCAUCCUCGAUCCCGCCGUCACCAUCCAGCGCAUCUACAUGAUCUUCUACCUCUGCAUCAACCUCGGCAGUCUGUCGCUCCUGGCUACUCCGUACAUGGAACUCUACGUCGGCUUCUGGUCUGCCUACCUGCUCUGCUUCUGCAUGUUCUGCGCUGGUCUGGUCGUCCUCAUCUUCGGCAAGAAGCUCUACGUCGUCCGUCCUCCGGAGGGUGGUGUCAUCACCGAUGCCUUCAGGUGCAUCUGGAUCAUGAUCAAGAACCGCAGCCUGGACGCACCCAAGCCCACGUGGCAGGAGCAGCACGGCAACUCCCAGGUCAUGAAGUGGGAUGACAAGUUUGUGGACGAGGUCAAGCGCGCUCUGGUUGCCUGCCAGGUCUUCUGCAUCUACCCCAUCUACUGGGUCGUCUACGGUCAAUUCUCUGGCAACUUCGUUACUCAAGCCGGCCAGAUGGAGGGACACGGUAUUCCCAACGAUCUCAUGCAGAACUUCGAUCCCAUCGCCAUCAUCGUCUUCGUCCCCAUCCUGGACCGCUUCGUCUACCCGUUGAUGCGCAAGCUCAAGAUCAACUUCCCGCCCAUCAACCGUAUCACUCUCGGCUUCUGGGUCGCUUCCUUGGCCAUGGCCUACGCAGCCAUUGUCCAGCACCUCAUCUACAGCGCUGGCCCUUGCUACGAAGCUCCUCUCUGCGAUGCAUCGAUUGACGCAUCCGGCUCCGCUCAGGGCAACAAGAUCCACAUUGCCGUGCAAACCCCCGCCUACAUGCUCAUCGGUAUCUCUGAGAUUUUCGCCAGCGUCACGGGUCUCGAGUACGCGUACACCAAGGCGCCGCCGAGCAUGAAGAGUUUCGUCCAGAGCAUGUACCUGCUGACCAACGCCUUCGGCUCCGCCAUCGGCGAGGCCCUCGUUUCCGUCGCCGUCGACCCCAAGAUCCUGUGGAUGUUCGUCGGUCUGUCCGUCGCGUCUUUCCUGGCCGGAUGCCUCGUCUGGAUCUUGUUCCAUCACUUGAACAAGACUGAGGAGGAGAUGAACGCGCUGGGUUAA